GCAUAAUACUAACCAUAUAUUGCUGUUUUUUAGAUGAGCACAGGCGAGAGUGGAAGUGAUGAUGAAAGUGAUAUGGACUCCCAAGCAAAUGAAGAUCAGUUAAUGCUUAUGACUGCAUAUUUUGUUAUGAACCAUCAUGACAAAUACCUGAUGAAGAGAAAGAGGAGAAUACCUUUAUGCACAGGACAACAGUGGGUCUUUGAGAACCUGAGCACGUCAAAAGAUUGUUAUGCAAUGUUCAGAAUGUAUCCAGCUUGUUUUUAUGGACUGCAUAACACAUUGGUGGGACGCUACAAAUUGGAGUCAACUAGGGAGAUGUCUUCAAUGGAGGCACUAGCUAUGUUUCUAUGGACAGUUGGAGGUCCUGAAUCGGUGACCCAAGUUGAGAACCGCUUCAAGAGGUCCAAAGAAACAAUCCACCGGAAGUUCGAACAUGUAUUGGGUUGCUUGACCCAACUAGCAGCAGAUAUCAUCAAACCAAGAGAUCCUCAGUUUCCAACAGUGCAUGAAAGGCUCCAGGACUCUAGAUUCUCACCCCACUUCAAUGGUUGCAUAGGCGCAAUUGAUGGGACACACAUACGUGUUGUCGUGCCAGCUGAAGAUAUUGCCAACCAUGUAGGAAGGAUCCGCACAUGACACAAGGAUAUUCAAAGACACGUUGAUAACUUAUUCAGAAAACUUUCCACAUCCACCUUCAGG